AUGCGUGUCUUGCAAGCAAAAUUCACUGGGGCUUGUACAAGCGGCAGCAAAGCCUUUGGAACUAGAACUGUGGUGACAAUUGAUGAUGACAGCGAUGAUGGUGGCAGUACUGAGUCCGAGGCUAGUACUCCGGAGCAAGAGGAUACGGAUAACAUCGGUGACAUGCAUGAGGGUCCCGAUGGGAAUGACAAUUAUGACCACGAUGGGGAUGUUCCUUUCGACGAUUAUACAGAAAAGCAAGGCGGCUCGAAUACCUUUUCUGGGUCUGCGGGUAGCAAUGUGCGCCCUGUUGGUGUCGAGCCGGUCACCGAUAUUGUUGAGGGUUCGGACCUUGUUGCGGCCACUAUCGACUUUGCAGAAAACACCCCUGAGAUUGGUCUAGGCAGCCCUUGCAGAGUCAUUUCCAACCACGCCGCCAACAAAUUCCAGGACACAACAUCCAUGUUUCGAAUCACAAACCCGUUGCCUCCUAUCUUCCAGCACUUCCUUUGGGGAGACCUUGAGCCUGCCAUUUCUCCAGUUCUUCCGGCAACUCUCCGAAGCAACACCUUUGCCUUUCAUGGGACACUGCCUGUUCCAUCCCACAUUCAACCGCUUCUCUGGGGGCCAGAGCCUGGUCCCUUAGCACUUCUUCCAGCGUCCUCAUCUGGUGAUGUAAGUGUUGCCGAGAAUGCCCAUGCUAUCGUUGCUGCCGGGAAUACUACUGCAGAACAUCCACCCGACGCAUCUUGGUUGGAGUGGGAGGAAUCCUUUGUUGCAUUCAUGGCCUUCUUUGAUGGUGGUGUUCAGGUCCUUUGA